AUGCAGAUUUGGCAACCCUUGAAUUUAACAGAAGCAUGUCCAGCCCACACUCAGUUGACUGCGUGCAGUCCCUUUGGCUACAUCUUCCUUAACUUAGUCGCCAGUUUGUAUGGUGGUGCAAAAGACUUGAGAAUUCAGAAACAACUUGAGAGUGAAAACAUUCGUUAUGGAGAUCAAAGAGUAGACGUACAAUAUGGAGAGAAAACUGAUAAUAAUGAUGAAGAGUUUGAUUUCAUCGUUGUAGGAGCAGGAUCUGCUGGGUGUGUAGUGGCUAACAGGCUUACUGAAGUCAAGAAAUGGAAGGUUCUUCUGUUAGAAGCUGGUCCGGAACAACCAGACAUAACGUUGGUUCCAGGAUUAACAGAAACACUGUUAGGUUCUAACGUCGACUGGGGGUAUACUACGCAGCCGGAUCCAAGAAAUUGCCUCUCCAGACCAAAUAGUGUAUGUCCUUGGUCCAGAGGCAAGAUGAUGGGAGGAUCAAGUUCCAUUAACACCAUGGUGACGAUUAGAGGAAAUCCUUACGAUUACGACAGCUGGGCUGCUGCAGGCAAUGUUGGAUGGAGUUACAAGGAGGUGCUGCCUUUCUUCAAGAAAUCCGAAAAAAAUGGUAAUAUUGAAGGUCUGAACCGUAGGUACCACGGAGUGCGUGGACCGCAACCUGUAUCCAGGUUUCCCUUCAUUGACAAGCCUUCUAUAAUCAUGACGGAAGCCCUAAACGAACUCGGCUUGCCUAUUAUAGAUGCAACAGGGCCCCACCAAGUAGCCUCCUUCCAAUCACAAGCGUUUACUGAAGACGGGGUAAGGGUAUCAUCAAAUAAUGCUUACAUACAACCUAUUAGAUACAAACGAAAAAAUCUAACAGUUCGACCCUAUGCUGAAGUUACAAAUAUACUUAUUGAUAAACAUAAGAGAGCUUACGGUGUAAAAUACGUAAGUAAUGGUAAAGUACACACAGCUACAGCAAGAAAAGAUAUUAUUCUUAGUGCGGGAACAAUCGAUUCUGCUAAGUUACUUCUGCUAUCAGGCAUAGGUCCAAGAAAACAUCUGGAAGAUAUUCACCUUCCUGUUAUUGAAGAUUUGGCUGUAGGGAAAAAUCUUCAAGAUCAUCUCACAUUUACAGGAUUAGUUAUUGCAUUUGACAAUGAAACUUCCACUCUUGUCGAUCACGAGGAGAUAAUAGAGCACGUUAAAGAAUACAAGGAAAUGAAACUUAAGUCCGGUCCUUUGUCAUCCACUGGACAAUUUAAUACCUUAGGAUUUUUCAAGACAGACGAAAACUUACCAGCCCCCGAUAUAGAAGUUCAAUCUCUCCCGAUAGUGCUAAAAGAGUAUCUGAGAGAACCAGUAGUAUUUGAAAGUUUGAAAAUAUUUCCUACCACUUUCUACGAUGCCAUAUCAAUGAGAGUUCAAAACAUGGUGACGAAGAGUCGAGGAGUUUUGCUGCUUAACGCCACUGAUCCAUACGGUCCUCCUUUGAUCUAUGCAAAUUAUUUAGCCGAUCCAACUGAUAUGAUACCAGUUCAAAAAGGGGUUCAAUUUAUGAAAAACUUGGAAAAUACAGAACAUUUUGUAUCAGGUCGUGCUAGAUUCAUUAAAUACGUACAUCCUGCAUGUAACUAUACCAAAUGGGGAACAAAUGAAUACACGGAAUGUAUGCUCAGACAUUACACGUUUUCACUUAGCCAUCUGAGUGGAACUUGUAAAAUGGGUCCUGAAUGGGAUGAUUCUGCUGUAGUAGACCCCAGGUUGAGGGUCUAUGGUAUUGCUGGACUGAGAGUCAUAGAUGCAUCGAUAAUGCCUGUUGGAAUUCGAGGGCAUACAAACGGUCCGGCAGUGAUGAUAGGAGAAAAAGGUGCUGCUAUGAUUAAAGAAGAUUGGUUGCAUAAUUAUGUUCAAGGUUACAAACAUGGUGAUUACCGAGACAUUGAUAAUUAA